AUGCUAUCAUGCAUGACUGACAGCUCGUCCGUUGCAGGAGCCAAGGCUAUUCGCAUCGCACCCAACGAGCUGCACAUCAACGAAACAUCACUGUACAAGGCCAUCUACAAACAAUCAAACCCGUUCCCUAAACACGAACAAUUCUAUCUUGGGUUCGCCACCGAGGCACCCACCUCAUUCACCGAGGUUGAUAAGGCUAAGCACAAGGAACGCCGUCGCAUGUUGAGCUCGAUGUUCUCGCGUGCCGGAGUACUAAAACUCGAAGAUCUUAUCUGGGAGCGUCUCAAGUUGCUGGAGAACAAGAUUGAUUGA